AUGGACGUUUCGGCCCUGCGAGACCGUAUUCAGGCGACCUUGGACGCGAACACGAGUAACCGUCAACAAGCCGAGUUGGAUCUGAAAUAUGCCGAAACGCAGCCCGGAUUUAUCAAUGCACUGCUGGACAUUCUCCAAACCGAGCAAAACAAUGCCGUUCAGCUUUCUGCCCUGGCUCGUGCUAUUGUAGCCGGUGUUUACUUGAAGAACCGCAUCAGCCGAGGAUGGGCGCCGGUGGAAGACAACCCGCAAAGGGCUCCUAUUCCCGAGGCUGAAAAGCCUGGGUUCCGAGAGAGACUGAUCCCUGCGAUGGCCUCGACACCCCCCAAUGUUCGCGCUCAGUUGGUCCCGCUCCUCCAAAAGAUCCUCCAAAACGACUUCCCCGAGCGCUGGCCCGGCUUCCUCGACCUCACCCUUCAGCUGCUCGGUACAAAUGAGGCAAACACGGUCUAUGCCGGUCUGCAGUGCUUGCUCGCUAUCUGCCGGGUGUACAGAUUCAAGGCUGGCGAGAAGCGGGAAGAGUUUGAUAAGAUUGUGGAGCAUACGUUCCCUCAGCUCCUCAGCAUCGGCCAGAGACUGGUUGAUGAGGAGAGCCUCGAGUGUGCUGAGAUGUUGCGCAUCGUGGUCAAGGCUUACAAGCAUGCCAUUUAUUUCGAGCUGUCUCCGGCUUUGCAAACUCACCAGGCCACCGUGGACUGGUGCACUUUGUUCCUGCGCAUCAUCUCCAAGGUUCCUCCUGCCAGUGCCAUGGCGGAGUCGAAGGAAGAGCGUGAGCUGAACCACUGGUGGAAGUGCAAGAAGUGGUCCUAUGCGAACCUGAACCGUCUUUUCAUCAGAUACGGUAACCCUACUACGCUCACAAAAUCCUCUAUCCCCGACUACACACCCUACGCUAAGACCUUCAUCACGAACUUUGCCCCCGAAAUUCUCAAGGGCUACCUCCAGAAGAUUGACAAGUGGGUCUCUAAGUCGCAAUGGCUCAGCAACGCCGCUUUGUCUUAUACUCUGGUGUUCAUGGAGGAGUGCGUCAAGCCCAAGGCUAUGUGGGAGCACUUGAAGCCGCACAUGGACAACCUGAUCGCACACUUCGUGUUCCCCAUCAUGUGCCAGUCGGAUGAGGAUAUCGAGCUUUUUGAGGACGAUCCUUCGGAAUACCUUCACCGCAAGCUCAACUUCUACGAGGAGGUGUCCGCUCCCGAUGUCGCGGCCACCAACUUCCUCGUCUCUUUGACCAAGAACCGCAAGAAGCAGACCUUCUCUAUUUUGACCUUUGUUAACAGCGUGGUCAGCAAGUACGAGUCUGCCGCCGAUGAUCAAAAGCAGCCGCGUGAGAAGGAGGGCGCUCUUCGAAUGAUCGGCUCCCUGGCUUCUGUGAUCUUGGGCAAGAAGAGCCCUAUCGCCGAUCAAGUUGAGUACUUCUUCGUCCGUCACGUCUUCCCUGAAUUCCGCAGCCCCCACGGUUUCCUUCGUGCGCGUGCUUGCGACACCCUAGAGAAGUUUGAACAGCUCGACUUCAAGGAUCCCAACAACCUGAUGAUCAUCUACCGGAACAUCCUGGAAUCCAUGACCGAUCCCGAGUUGCCCGUCCGCGUGGAGGCCGCCCUUGCCCUGCAGCCUCUGAUCCGCCACGAUGUCAUUCGCACCUCCAUGCAGCAAAACAUUCCCCAGAUCAUGCAACAGCUCUUGAAGCUGGCCAACGAAGUUGACGUGGAUGCGCUCGCCAAUGUGAUGGAGGACUUUGUCGAGGUCUUCUCUGCCGAACUUACUCCCUUCGCCGUCGCCCUCAGCGAACAAUUGCGCGACACCUACAUGCGCAUUGUUGGCGAGCUUCUGGAACGCAAUGCUAACAAGGCUGGUGACGACGAGGGAUACGGAGAUUUCCUGGAUGACAAGAGUAUCACCGCGUUGGGUGUGUUGCAGACCAUCGGCACUCUCAUCCUCACCCUCGAGAGCACCCCGGAUGUGCUGCUGCAUCUCGAGACUAUUCUGAUGCCCGUCAUCAGCAUCACUCUGGAGAACAAGUUGUAUGAUUUGUAUAACGAGGUCUUUGAGAUCAUUGACAGCUGUACUUUUGCGUCCAAGUCCAUCUCGCCCACUAUGUGGCAGGCCUUUGAGCUGAUUCACAAGACAUUCAAGGCUGGUGCCGAGCUCUACUUGGAGGAUAUGCUUCCGGCUCUGGACAACUACGUUUCCUACGGCUCCGACAUGCUCGUGCAGAACCCCGCUUACUUGGCUGCUAUUGUGGGCAUGGUGGAGGACAUCUUCCGCGACGAGAAGGUCGGCGGUGUUGACCGCAUCUGCGGCUGCAAACUGGCCGAGACUCUCAUGCUCAACCUUCGCGGCCACAUCGACCAGUACAUCCCCCUGUUCAUCGAGUUGCCUAUGGUCGUGAUCGAUGCGGGUGAGGCUCGCACCAAGUCCUACCGGAUCCACUUGAUGGAGAUGAUCAUCAACGCCAUUUACUACAACCCCGCCCUCAGCUUGCAGGUUCUGGAAGCCAAGGGUUGGACCAACAAGUUCUUCAGCACCUGGUUCUCCAGCAUUGAUCAGUUCCGUCGUGUCCACGACAAGAAGCUGUCCAUUGCUGCGAUCAGCUCGUUGUUGACCAUGAAGGCAGCCGAUGUUCCCGUGAGCGUCCAGCAAGGCUGGCCCCGAUUGCUGCAAGGCGUGACUCGUCUCUUCCAGACUCUACCUGCUGCUCUCAAACAACGUGAGGACGCCACUCGCGAGUCGGACUUUACUUUGGAUGACGACGAGGAGGAAGAUGAUGAGGACAACGACUGGGACGGCGAGGUUGAGUGGAACGAGGGCGAGGAAGUCGAGGAGGCCAUUGAGGGGGACAUUGCUGAUGAGAGCGCCGCGUACAUUGACUUCCUGAACAAGGAAGCUCAAAAGUUCAGCAACUUCGCCGAUGACGAUGACGAUGACGAGCUGGAUGAGGAGAGUCUGCUUGAGACCCCCCUGGACAAGCUCGAACCCUAUGGCAUGUUCAAGCAUGUCUUCUUGAGUCUCCAAUCCGAACAGCCUCAACUCUAUGAGAGCUUGACCAAGGUUCUGGGUCCCGACGAGCAGCAGAUCCUUCAGUCUGUCUUCCACGAGGCUGACGCGAAGGCGCUGGCCGCUGCCAACGCCGAGGCCGCCGCCGCCGCGGGCAUGCAAUCGAACGGCAACCAAUAG